UUGCUGGUUCUUGCGGGAGCCCAGGAGAACUUGGCCAAGGCAUGCGAGGUGCUCCGUAUGUCCAUUCAACAAGCUCAGUCAGGGAUUGAUCUCUUUUUUGAGAUGGUGGCAGGAUUAAAGUCUCUAUCCAUUUUUCACCAACCUUCCUUUCCAGACAAGAUACGUGGAAUCCAAGAUCGAAAUCAUCUCAUUGCCCUGUUCGCAGCAAUGUUUUCUCUCUCCUCGAGGUUGGCGACGGAGGACAAACUCCCUCCAGGCGACAACUCUGAAAGUAUUUCUCACCAAGAACUUCACUCGCUCUCUCUACAGUAUAUCAAUUCGUCCUUGGAAGCUUGCACGAGUAAUGCGCCUCCUCUGUGCAUCCUACAAGCCAUCACUUUGGCGGGCUUCUAUAAGCUAGUCAAUGGAGUAUACGGACCUGCUUGGAGGCUUGUCGGCACCGGUGUACGCAUUGCAUACGAGCUGCGACUGCAUUUGAUCGAUUGUAAAGGAUACGAGAAAGUACCAACCCGCGACAGUGAGCUCAUGAUGUGGUCCUCGGACGAAGAGCGACGUCGUUGUUGGUGGGCCUUGUGGGAGAUGGAUAUCUUUGCCUCGACCAUCCAGCGCGCACCUACUGCCAUCGACUGGAGCGCGAACGAAACGUUUCUUCCCGUUGCGGACGAAUAUUGGUUUACAAACACGUAUCAGGCUUCCUGCCUUCUCCUUGGCAGUCCUGAAGAACGAUGGAAAAGACUCAAGCACUCGGGCAAUGAAAACUCGGCUGCAUGGGCAUAUCUCCUGGCAUCCCUAAUGCACGAGGGACGGUUACUGUGCCAGGAAAGAAUCAAAGGAAUCACCUCGAACGCCGACCUUCCCAACGAUGUCCCGAAGCUUGCCCAGUAUUACAGCCAGGACUACCGGCUAAAGGCACAAGGAUUCUCGGAUCAGCUCUCUAGCCUCGUCAAAGCAUAUCAAGAUGUAAGAGAGAACCUUCCCACUGCACUGGCCUACCGGGGCGAAUAUCUGUCUUUUGCCUUGGGCGAAGGUGACGAUCCAUAUGCGACGCGGCGAACGAGCGCCGGAAAAUACAGCAUACAUAUGAUGAGCGCUUCGGCAUGCUUUAUGAUCUACCAGAAUUAUGUUUUUGCCGACAUCAUUGAAGGGCUGAUCCCCUUACCAUCGUCCCAGACUAGCCACGAAUAUUCUGGACGAGAUACCGAGCUUAACGAAAGAUCUUUCCUCGGCAAAGGGUUCAGAAACUAUCUGGAAGCAAGCGAUAUGGUACUGCGGUUACUGUCAAAUUGUCCCGAAGACCAUGUGCGAUAUGUCAAUCCCUACUACGCGAGCACUACGUGGAUCGCGGCCGCUUUGCAGGUAUUCAAGAGGUUCACCCUGCGCGACCAUGACUCGACUCUCACACAACGCCAAUACGACCUCCUGCGCCGAUCGUAUCUUCAGUUCAAUCAGUUCUGGGAGACACCACGCGCUCUACUGCAAAACCUCGAUUCUCUGCAGGCAAGGCUCGAUUCUCGACACAGGGAACUCGAACUACAGGAGAGGAGCAGUAGUGCCAGGGACACUCAGAUUGAUGGUCAACCGUGUCAUGGUGACACACAAUCUUUUGCAAGCACCGAAACCAUCAUGGCUUCAAUGUGUGGGGAGCAGCUUCUCCCGGACUGGUCGGGCCUCAAGGGUUCUUUGUGCAAUACGUCUCAGCCAUCAGUCGGUGAUCCAAAUACUAGCUACCCUGCAUUGCUGCCGGAAGAUGUGGAACUCCCAUCAGGGAUAGCCCCGAAAUUCCACCCCUCGCUGGGUGAAGCUGCCUUUGCAGAACCAUACCCCGAUCCAUGGCCAAACGAGUUGUUUUUGGACAAUCUUGUGUGGUAUUCAUCGGAUGUAAUGGCGGGCCUUUCUCAUGGGUACACGGCAUGA